AUGGCUAAGGCUAAGCCCAGUGAUCGCAGUAUCGGCGAAGAAUUCGACAGCCUUCCAAAUGAACAGAAACUGAAAGCCGCAAUGUAUUAUAGUAUAAAAGAAAUCGCUAAAGAGGUGGAGCAAGAAAUGGAGGUGUCAAUCAGUGCCCAAGUUCUGGCCACUGUAUCUGAAAGUUUAAACAGACAAGCUGAAUAUUACGCCUUAGAUCUAGAAAACUUUGCCAAACAUGCCAAGCGCACAACAAUCAACACUGAUGAUGUAAAGUUAUUAGCAAGAAGGAAUGAUACUUUACUGCAACAUUUGAAUGAAAUUCUUGCUGAGGAGACAGCUUCCAAGACAGCUUCAAAACCAAUUGCAAAAGCUACAAAGAAAGCCAAGAAGUCAGCUAAAGUUGCAGAUAGUGACAUGCAGGAAAGUUGA